CAUGGCAGCAGAGCCCCUGACUCAAUGCUGUUUGGUUAAUCAGUAACCAGAGUGGGAGCACUGUGAGUGACUGGCUGGGUUUAAGUAAGGGAGCAGAGGAGUCAGGACCUCACUCAGCAGCAGCAGCAGCAGCAGCAACAGCAGCAGCACACACAGGAAAGAAUAAUUUUAAGGUGACUACCAGCAAAAGGUAAAAUGCACGGAUCGCAUCUUCUAGUCUUCCUACUAUGCUACUGCCUGUCAGGAAGUCACGCCAACCGCGUCUACGUUCACCCCUUCAAUCUCUUUGCUGCCGAGAAUGUCAGCUGUGAGACCCUGCAGACCCAGACAUCCAAGCCCCUGGAGACACUUCCUGUGGCUUCCCUUGAUAUUGAAGUCCUGACACCAGACAGCCGGGACCAGUCAAAACUGAAUGCACAGAGGCAGAACAUCACAGAGAGGACGGCAGUUCUUGCGGAGCUGUUGAACUCUCUCGGCCUGAGGAUGUACCAGGCUCUCAGUAACAAGCAGCCCAGCACCAACACCCUCCUCUCUCCAGUCAACAUGUACGGAUCCCUCGUCACUUUGUACCUGGGAGCUUCCAAGAAGACAGCGAGGCCAUUCCAGCUUCUUCUGGGCCUGAGCAGUGACACUGACCGAGAGGACUGUGUGUCCUUAGUUGAUGGACACAAGGUUCUCAAGACUCUUCAGAGCAUUAACUCUCUAGUGGAUGACGGACCCCAAGAUGAAAUUACUACCCAGGUCUGGGCCUUCACUCGCCAGGAUGUUCAGCUAUCCGAGGACUUUAUUCAAGGCACACAGGACUUCUCAGACAAAUCGUUCAUACGCAGCAUGGACUUCUCCAAACCUCAGGAGGCUGAGCAACUGGUGAACAACUUUGUAGAGAAGACUUCAGACGGGAAGGUGAAGGGCAUCUUCAAAGAUCUGAACUCUAGCAGUGACCUCCUGUUCGUUACUUCCUUCAACUUUCAAGGCAACUGGAAGACAGCCUUCCAGCCAGAGAGGACCUCCUUGCAGGAGUUUCAUGUGGAUGAAACAACUACAGUGAUGGCUCCACUGAUGACCCACACGGGUCAGUACCACUACCUGAAUGAUAAGGUGCGGCGGUGCACUGUUGUGAAGCUGUCUCUGAGCAAACGGUCCUACAUGUUGCUGGUCCUGCCUCAUGAAGGAGCCAACCUCCAUGACAUAGAGUCAAGGCUGCACACAGACAUGUCUGACUGGCACCAGAGCUUUCAAGAAGGUCUGUUGGAGCUGUCACUGCCAAAGUUCUCCAUGUCUUCUGUGACUGAUCUGCAUGACCUGCUGACCAACAUGGAUCCAGAGAUCGAGGCCAAACUGUUGGGCUCCCAGGCUGACUUCAGCCAACUCAGCAACAUCAAACCCUUCACUAUAGAUAAGGCGGUCAACAAGGUGCUGUUUGAGAUGUCAGAGGAAGGAGCAGAACCUCAGGACAAGAUACAAGAAGCGGGCAUCCCUCUGAAACUGUCCAUCAACCGGCCUUUCUUCUUCUCUGUCAUAGAGGGAGAGUCUAAUGCCAUCCUCAUGCUGGGCAAGAUCACAAAUCCUACACUGUAAAGUUACAUAGGGUUUAAAACCAACAAAAACCUCUGACAUGAAAAAUGUCCAACAGACCCAUUCCUUUACGAUCUACUCUAUCAGCUUAAAUUUCCACAGGGGCUGAAAUCAAUCAUUCAACAGACAUCUCCUUUAGAUCAUACCCUUGCUUUUCCACUGAAAUAAUGACCACAUACAGUACAUGAGGAAUGAAGCACAACCUCGCUCCAAAUGAAUCCAUCAAUAUUGAACAAUGUUAUCUUUCACCACCUACCUGAUCCUCUCUACAAACUCAGGGAGUCCCUGUUUCAGUAUUUAUGAAAACCUGUUACUUGAGUUGUUUUCAAGUCGGCUGUUAAAAUCCUAAUUUGUUUUUUUCUGUAAAAUUUGUUAUAGCAGAGUUCUGUACAGUUUUUUUUUCAGUUGAGUAGGUACAGUAACUGUGAUUCUCUACAUUGAAUGACUAAAACAGUGUAUAUUGUAACUAAGAGUUUAUUUUUGUUGUUACGAUUUGUGAUUGCUAAAAUAAAACAUUUGUUUCCCAAUA